AUGAAGGGUAAAAAGAUUUAUUGUGCUAAAAACUAUAGAAAUGCUGAUAAAGGUUGCUUUGAUUUUUAUACUUUUGAUUGCUAUACAGAAAAUAUAGAGCCUCAAUUACUUUAUCGGAAAUAA